AUAUGUAACAUACGGUUAUCAUACGGUGAUGUGAACUAGUAAUUUCAAAUUUAUGAUUUUUAAAUCCAACUACUUAACGCAUAUUGAUUUUGUCAUCAGUUCCUAACAAUUAAAUCCUGACAGACUUAACAGUAUCAUACGGUGAUGUGAACUAGUAAUUUCAAAUUUAUGAUUUUUAAAUCCAACUACUUAACGCAUAUUGAUUUUGUCAUCAGUUCCUAACAAUUAAAUCCUGACAGACUUAACAGUUAAGUCCUAAAGAUCAAGUAACAUCGUUUUUUAAUCCUGAUUAGUGAAUGAAUCGUUGAUCAAUGCGAUAUUCGUUUCUACAUUUUUAAUAUGACUCGUUUGCAAAUUUAAUAUAAAUUUGUUAAUAUGUCUUUCGAAAAACCAUGAAUUCCAUAAAUAGAUUAACAAUCGUCUUCAUUAACUUAUGUAUGCAUUGUACUUAUAUUUGUAUGUGCGUACUAUUUGAUAUAAAAGUCUAUUAACGACAAUGCACGAUGAUAGUUGCCUGGUGCAACUCGGCUUUGAGGUUAUCCGCAAGGACGUCCACAUAACUUGUGCUCAGUAUUAACUCAAGCCGAUUGACUUGCGUCAAUUCGAAAGUGCAAGAUGGAUCGUUUCGGCUUCUCGAUUUCCUCGCACUCGCAAUUUCGUUAAAUUUAAACUACCUAAAGAGUUUCCCUUUUUAAACUGUUAACGUAAUGAAGACGAGUCCAUUUUUUGCAAAAUUUACUUCUAAUUUUUAUUAAUAUUGAAAAUUCUACCAUCUUGAUAAACAUUUGAAAAAGUAGAUAUAAAAGAAUAUAUGAGAGGAGAUACGAUAUGUACAACCAAUUGUUAUUUAACGACGUUUCAUUCUUAUUUAAUAGGAGCAACCACUUUGAGUCGCAACAAAAUUUUUGGCAAAAAUAGCAAAACUAUAAUAAUAGUGGGAUUAGUAGUGGGAGUAAGCACUUUCGUUUAAUACAAGUAGACAUUCAUGGAGAAUUUGACCGAGGGUCUGUAUAACUAGUUAGAGCAGCUGCCCAGAAAGCGGAAGAUCCGGAUUUUCGAAUCUCGGUCCUAAACUAUCCGACGAUCUAACUUUUAUCACUUAUCCUAUAAUUAUAUUUAAUCGUGAAAAAAAAAUUGAAGUUGUUUAUUAAAACCCGAAUAUUCAAUACAUACUUACAUACAUCAUAAAUCAUUAAUUAAAAGAAAUAUAGUGGACUAUAAUGUCAAAAUAAUACCAUCGCGAAACAACUUGUUCUUUUUCUGAAUAUCGAAUACAGCAAUAUCACAACUUCUUUUUAAUCAUCGAAUGAGAAAAUUUAGGAAGAAUUGUGCGGAUGUGACGACUGUCGCACGAAAUUAUACAUAAAUUCACGUACGAGUAAGUAAAAACUUGCCAUUGGAUAGAAAGAACAUUGUAAAAUUGCUUUAGUCAUAGCUCUGAUAAAACUAUCAUUUAUCUUGCACGUACUUAUAUGUUCUUUUGCAUUUCUUUUGUUUCCGGAAAAAAAGAAAACCUGUUUGACGAAAAGCAUGAUAGGUAAAAAUAAAAAACGAUCUAUUCGAAUAUAACUUUUUUCAAUUUGUGACUUUAGAAUAAUCCGUUGUAACAAGCAGAUCUAUAAUGAUUCGUGCAAAUUAUGAAAACGUAGAAAUACACAUUCGACUUGCUCAUAUAGGUAAAAAAUAAAUAUUACUCGCAUUUCGCUACUUUAAAAAGAACAAUGCGAUUGUUUACCAUAGAAGAUAAUAUUUCGAAUUACAGUAAUGAAAACUUAUCAAGGCUAGGUGUUGAAGUUGAACUUUAAUGACAUCAGGCUUUGUUUAAAAAUGACUUUGACGGCUUUGACGUCACGCACAAGAUACUCGCUUGGAAUACUUACGAAGAAUAUAAGAUAAAGCACGUUCGAUCGGCUUCGAUCAUUAUGAUUUUUACGAGAAAUCCCAAUUGUCAGGUGCACAUAAGUACGUAAUAUGUAGAUGAGUACGUAGCAAGUAGGUUCCUAUCAUUAACAAAUAACAGAUGAAAGAUAAAUAUAAAGUCUUAUCCCCACUGAAAUAACAAUGAGGAAUUUGUUGUAAUCUCUUAUUGGUACAUAUUCCGAAAAAUUUUUAACAAACAGCAACUUAUAGAAAUAUUUUGUCCAUACCAUAGUAAUAUAAUUUGAGGAACAUUUGUAUUUUGUUGUUUUUUUUCGGUUUCAAGACUAUAUUUGCGUACACAUUAACGAAGCAUUCGUUUCUAUUAUAUUACCACGUGAGUCUUCGUGUUUCAUAUUUUUCUUUGAUUUUUACUGCUCUAAAUGGGAAGAGGCAAUAAGCGGCGAUAUUUGCUGCUGACAACAGAAACCUGGAAAAACAUUUAAUAACAGCAGCGAGUUUUUCAAGAUACAUGGAACAACAACAAAAAAUUCCUCGUUGCUUUAAUGAGGACAAGACUUAAAGCGAACAAUAGCGACAGCCAGUGAUCUGGCAAUCAAACUGGCACAGGAAAUCCUAUACGUCAAUAUAUAGCUGGAUAGUAUUCUCUCUCAUGUAUUAUAACGAAUGACGCGUACGUGCGAACGACGCAGCAUUGUGGUGAUGGAGACAUAUUGCCAUAAUCUGCACGCAUCGCUUCUAUGAAAGAUACGAGAAAAUUGCAUAAAUAUAAUCAACAUUUAAACAAGAAUGAAUUGCCGAGGUAGCCACCGAGUCUCUUUUAAGUGAUACUACGUUAAUAAUUGUACGCACUCAUGCAAAUCGUUUUCAUCAAGUAUUAUCGAUAGCAAGGAUAGUUGAUGUUCUUUCGAACGUUAGAGAAAACAGUAAACAGCGUCUUAAAUGAGUGCAAACUUACUUUUUCGGUAUAUCGUGUUAGUAUAACGUGUCAUACAUACAUCAUUUUUCAUUAUCGGAUAAUCACCUUGGAAGUUAUACACAAUUCAUAAGUGAGUCAUGUAUAAAUUUUCAUCAUCUGUACGAGUUGGAAAUAAUAGUCGACUCGCUUCGAUAUUAAAACUUGGAUGUCUCGAUUGUCUAACGACGAUUUAUCGAUACAAAAGUUCUUUAAAUACAACAAUCCUUGUACUUUUACAAUUUUUAUAACGUAGCUGAAACGUAAAAUGGUGGCUUCGCAGAACGAUGGCGGUAGAAGUAUGGGCGGUGGUGGAAGCGAUACCGUUUACACAGUGACGGUAAGCGGUGUAGGUUAUAGAAACGAAGGUUACAAAGAUGAUGGUACUGAUUGUAUUCCACCGGAGCCUCAAAAACCACCACAGCUACCUCAAACGGAAGAUGAUACUCAAUCGAGGAAAUUCAAACUUUCCCGUGGCGAGAAGUGGCGGAUUUUGAAGAAUAUUGGGACCGUCUCGAUAGCGUUCAUGGUGCAGUUCACGGCGUUCCAAGGCACAGCGAACCUUCAGUCAUCAAUAAAUGCAAGCGACGGCCUCGGUACCGUCUCUCUUUCGGCAAUUUACGCGGCCCUUGUGCUCUCUUGUAUUUUCGUACCGACUUUUCUCAUUAAGAGGUUAACCGUUAAAUGGACGCUUUGUCUUUCGAUGCUUUGUUACGCACCUUACAUCGGUUCUCAGUUUUAUCCAAGAUUUUACACCCUUGUGCCGGCUGGCGUUUUGCUCGGUCUUGGUGCCGCACCUAUGUGGGCAGCAAAGGCUACCUAUCUCACGCAGGUCGGUGGUGUUUACGCAAAACUCACGGACCAACCGGUCGACGCGAUUGUCGUCAGGUUCUUUGGCUUUUUCUUUCUUGCUUGGCAAACCGCAGAACUCUGGGGAAAUCUUAUAUCUUCGCUGGUCUUGAGCGAAGGAGAAUUCGGUAGCAGUAGUGGCAAUAGUACGACUAGCUGGAACAAGAUAAAGCUCUGUGGUGCCGAAUUUUGCGUUCUUGGUAAUGGAGCGCACGAAAACUUAGAGAGACCCCCGGAAUCGGAAAUUUACGAAAUCUCCUCGAUCUAUUUGACAUGCGUCAUCGUCGCGGUGAUCAUUGUCGCUCUUUUCGUCGAUCCUCUAUCAAGGUAUGGCGAAAAACAACGGCGUGCUGAUAGUCAGGAGCUCAAUGGUAUUCAGUUGCUCUCCGCGACUGCUUAUCAAUUAAAGAAACCUUAUCAACAGUUACUAAUACCCAUCACAGUAUGGAUCGGCAUGGAACAGGCCUUCAUCGGCGCUGAUUUUACUCAGGCAUACAUCUCUUGUGCUCUAGGCGUUCACAAAGUGGGAUACGUGAUGAUCUGCUUUGGAGUGGUAAAUGCAGGAUGCUCCUUGCUCUUUGGCUCUCUUAUGAAGUUCGUAGGCAGGCAACCGUUGAUGGCACUUGGUGCCAUAGUUCACGCCUGUCUAAUAGUUGUGCUGCUUCUUUGGAAACCACACCCAGAUAAUCCAUAUGUCUUUUAUUCAGUCUCCGGCCUUUGGGGAGUUGGUGACGCCGUCUGGCAGACACAGGUCAAUGGUCUCUAUGGUACUCUCUUCAGGCGCAACAAGGAAGCUGCGUUUUCGAAUUACAGACUAUGGGAGAGCGCAGGAUUCGUGAUUGCAUAUGCGUACAGUACACAUCUGUGCGCCCGCAUGAAGCUUUAUGUUCUAUUGACCGUCUUGAUGAUUGGCACGAUGGGCUACAUAAUCGUCGAACUUCUUCACAGACGUAAACAGAGGAGAUUGAAGGCUAUUGCUGAGGACCCGAAAGCCGCGCAAGCAGAGGCCAAUCAGCCAGAAGAGACAGAUGAUGAGAAGGACGAUCUCGACGACGACAUCAUCAUUACACAUCUUUGAACCGACACAUCGACUCGCUAAGUUUAGAUGACGCGAAAAAAAAGGCAUUUUUCUGUCUUUUGUCGCGUUCUCGCCGAGACCGAGGACAAUAGAACAUUUUGAAACAUUUGUGGACGAUGUUAAGUGACCUCGGGCGACCCACUUUUCUUCUUCCUUCCUUCCUUUCUUCUUUCCUUUCUUUCUUUCUUUCUUCCUUCCUUCCUUCCUUCCUUCCUUCCUUCCUUCCUUCCUUCCUUCCUUCCUUCCUUCCUUCCUUC